GCUCAAUCCAAUCUCUCUGUACUUUACCUUCUUUAAUCUUCUUCUUUCAAAUACCCUUACAUCUCCCUUCAAUCAUUCAAAAUGGGCAAGGACGCUGGUUUCGCUCCUGGUGACUCUGCCAAGGGUGCCAAGCUCUUCCAGACUCGCUGCGCUCAGUGCCACACCGUCGAGGCUGGUGGUCCCCACAAGGUCGGCCCCAACCUUCACGGUCUCUUCGGCCGUAAGACCGGUUCUUCCGAGGGCUACGCCUACACCGACGCCAACAAGCAGGCUGAGGUCACCUGGGAUGAGAGCACUCUCUACCCCUACCUCGAGAACCCCAAGAAGUACAUCCCCGGUACCAAGAUGGCCUUCGGUGGUCUCAAGAAGGCCAAGGAGCGCAACGACCUCAUCACCUACCUCAAGGAGGCCACCGCUUAGAUGAUCUCUCAUGUCUGAGAUCUUCUAGACCCCAACCGGGACGUACGGGGUCGGUCUUGGUUCUGCGCGCUGGAAACAGCCGAUCGCUCGGCCACCUACGCGUCUGGGUUGGGUCAUGUAACAUUACCAUUUGUUUACAUGCGAU